AUUUGCGCCUGUAAAUUGAAGAGCCAUGUCGUCUGAUAUCCUUUCCGUCGUUUCGCGGCCACUGAAUGACCGCAAAGCUGGGGCAAGACACACCAGUUUUUUCCCAUUGGUGUUGGGAGCAACAGGUGUGGUGUUCGGGGACAUUGGAACUUCGCCCUUGUACACCUUCAACAGCAUUUUUACCGAGCUGCAUGCUCAGCCACAAAAGGCUGAUGUGCAACAGGCAUUCUCAGUGAUCUUUUGGACUAUGACCUGGAUGAUUUGUUACAAGUACAUUGGAUUGGUCAUGCGGGUCAGCCACCAUGGAGAGGGAGGAACAUUUGCCAUGAUGAAGGUGAUCCUUCAAACUCUACGCCACACUAAUCACGAAGACUCUACCAGCGAGGAAGAUACCGAUGAGGAGAUGACUGGAAUUGGCAGCAACCCGGAGCGUGGAUCCUGCCAACAGAGCGUGGUUCUCUUCCUUGGCGUAGUGAGCUGCUCUAUGCUUGUUGGUGAUGGGGUCAUUACCCCACCCAACUCAGUGCUGGGUGCCUUGAACAGCCCGUGCUUGCAAGUUUCCGAGAGCUGGAAUGUCUUCAUAGCAGUCAUGAUCCUCCUUGGAGUCUUUGGCUUGCAGCGUGUUGGCUCUCGUAUUAUUGGUUGGAUUGCGGGGCCACUUAUGGUGCUUUGGUUCUUGACAAUUGCUGCCAUGGGCAUUUACCAAAUUGCCAUGAACCCUGAGCUUGCUGCUUAUAUGGCCCAUGGCUUCAGCCCAGUGAAACUGUAUCAUUUCUUCGUUUUGGGCGAGUUCCGUGGCUUUCGUGCAUACCGGGCAAUUGCAGGAGUGGUCUUGUGCGUCACAGGAGCAGAAGCACUUUAUGCUGAUAUGGGGCAUUUCGGAGCAGGUCCUAUUACUACUGCGUGGUUCUUCUUGGUCUGGCCAUGUCUCACUUUGCAAUAUUUUGGUCAAGCAAUUGUGCUUGCUGCAGAUCCCACCCUCAUCAACAGCAACCCUUUGUACAGUACAGUACCCAACUCUCUCAUUUGGCCAGUAUUCAUUUUGGCAGCUUUGGCUGCCAUCAUCGCAUCGCAGGCGCUUAUCUCAGGAGUCUUCACCCUCAUGUCCCAAGCGCAUGCUUUGGGCUUGGUGCCACGGAUUCUAGUGCUGCACACCAACCCAGAUGAGAGAGGGCAGGUCUACAUUCCUGAAAUCAACUGGCUAUUGAUGAUUGCUUGUAUCCUCGUUACUGUGGCAUUCAAAACUUCAGAUGCACUGGUUUCUGCCUAUGGCAUUGCUGUGACGGGAGCCUUCAUUUUUACCACACUCUUGCUUUGCUUUGUGUUCCAUUAUGUAUGGAAGUGCUGUUGGGCCGUUACGCUGCUGGCAAUUCUGCCCAUGCUGAUGAUCGACCUUGUUUUUUGGACUGCAAACUUGAUGAAGGUUUUACAAGCUGGCUGGGUUCCCUUGGUGCUCUCUGGCCUUAUUUAUUUCUUGAUGUACUCCCAUCAUUGGGGCCGCAAUCGUGAAUUGGCUAAUCACAUCCAUGAGGAGGAGGAGGAGCUAGCCAAUCUUCAUCGACACUCAAAGGCUGGCUCUCGCAGCUCGUGCUGCACCGUGUGGGGCUUGCGGCGGCACUUGGCUUCAAGAGAUUUGGCAAGGCCUGAUGGCACUGCCUUCUUCUUGACUCCCAAGGAGGGCCGUGUGCCUUCGAGCGUCAACGUGCUCAUCAAUGAGUUGGGCUCAGUGCCCAGGACUCUUGUGUUGCUGCAUGUUGCCUAUUCUGAAGAGCCCUUUGUCGCUGAGUCAGAACGACUUAAGUGGUCGACGGUGGACAGAGGACUAGGUCUGCACACGGCUACAUUGAGCUUUGGCUAUGCGGAACCACUGACGGCAGCUCGCUUUGACCUCGAUUCCAAGCUGGCAUUCCUGACUCAGGACCACAUAACUCGUUCAAAGACUGCACCCGCUGGGCGCAUUGAUGAAGAAGGCAAUUUGACUUUUGGGAAAGUACGUGCCGAUCCUCAUGUCACCUACAUUGUGAACAGUAAGCGCUUCGUAGCGGCGGAGGACAGCUGCCUUGCAAGGGCACAAGUGGCGAUAUUCUCUUUGCUGAAUCGUAACAGCCAAUCUCCGGUGUCCUUUUUUGGCCUCCAGGGGCAGUCCGUCUUGGAAGUUUCAGCUGUUGCAGAGCUCUGACACCAUCGUUUGUUGAAGUGCUCUUUGAUGUGAAGAGCAAAAAGCUGGACUGAAACGUCAUUGCGUGAUGGGUUGACAACAUGUCCUUGACUUUGACUUGGCCUGAAGCGAGACGUGGUUAAUCUAAGAUAAUCUAAGUAUGUUACAUGAUUGAAGCAC